AUGCACGAAAUCGUCACUCUCCAAUUAGGGCAGCGGGCCAACUACCUGGCCACGCAUUUCUGGAACCUCCAGGAAUCUUAUUUCACAUACCAAGAAGGAGAAGAGUCUCCGGUUGAUCACGAUGUUCAUUUCCGGCCUGGUGUCGGGGCAGAUGGAUCAGAAACUUAUACGCCUCGAACGGUGAUAUAUGACCUCAAGGGUGGCUUUGGCACUUUACGGCAGUCGAAUGCACUGUAUGAACUAAGUGAGGAUUAUAAUCCGGGGCAGGGUCUCUGGGACGGAAGAGAAGUUAUACAACAACAACCAGCAAUUCCCCAAAGUGACUAUCAGAAGAGUUUGGAUGCAGGGCUACCGGCUCCUCAACUCACAUCAGAAACAGUCCGGUAUUGGUCAGACUACAACCGGUUAUUUUACCACCCUCGGUCAAUAGUUCAAUUGAAUGACUACGAGCUUAAUUCGAGGACGAUGCCUUUUGAAGACUGGGAAAUGGGCGAGGAGCUAUUUAACAAUCUUGACAAGGAGCAUGACCUGCUCGACCGGGAUGUGAGACCUUUUGCGGAAGAAUGUGAUCAGCUGCGUGCAUUGCAGAUCUUCACAAAUGCGGACGAUGCUUGGGGUGGGUUUGCUGCUCGAUAUAUGGACAGGCUUCGAGACGAGUAUGGUAAGAAAAAUAUCUGGGUGUGGGCUAUUGAAAGUGGCUCUAAGGUGCAAAGAGUAAGUACCUUAUCUUCUAUAUUUCCAUUGGAACCCACUAACCAGAUGCAGCAUCAACAAAUUAAGCGUGACAUGAACAAAGCACGGUCAAUAUACGCCAUCUCUCCUCAGUCAUCAUUCUAUACACCCAUCAUUGACCCUCCUCACCGACUACCAAACACAUUCAGUGUGGACUUUCAAUCGGAGUGGCAGACGUCGGCAUUGAUUAGCUCUGCUAUGGAAACCGUAACCCUGCCCUCUCGACUCCGUCCUUACUGCGAUUUCGAGUCUUCGCUGGCCGGUGACGAUGGUAUCCACAAGAUAUUCGAACUGCAAUCUAGUAUUCUUACGGAUAACGAGGCCCAGCACUUGACAAAACCAACUAACGGCGCUGGACUCUCGGAAGACGAAUCCUCCCAAGUCAAGACUGAAUUUGACGUGGACUUCAGCUACGACUCUCGAUACAGCAACAAGUCCCACAUAUUCAACCAAGUUCAGGUGUCGCGCGGGAUUGACCCCGAGCAGAAGAAAAAUGAUCUUCCUCCAACCGAAGAUAUUGACCUUGGCAUGCGUCGCAAACUCCGGCUUCACAAUUCUCAGCCUAUGUUCCAGAGCUUCCACACACCCCUCCGCUUCCCUAUCCUGGACAGCUUCCCCAGAAACAUGUUCCCUGUAUCCGAAGCCAAUGCUGGAAUCCAGGUGCUUUCUUCUCUGACAGCAUCGUCGCGGACGGGUGAACGGAUUAAGGCUAUGGAGGCGGUUGGUAGUCGGAUUAUCUCUGUCGAUGAACGGGAAUCUAUAGUAAAUGGCCUAGGCGAGAUUCGUGAAUCGUAUGAGACUGGGUGGAUUAGUGAUUCGGAUUUUGAUGAUGAAUAG